AUGUCGAGGCGCAAGCAAGCUAAGCCACAGCAAAUCAAUUCAGAUGAGCCCGGUUCGUCAGAAAAUGGCGUUCUACAAGACGGUCAAACUGAAGAGAAUAGGAAUGAGGUGAAGAGGUUUAGAAUGGACGAGAUGAAGGUCUGCAACAAAUGUUGUGCUGAAUUCAUCGAUGAGGCUGAGUUUUUAAAACAUCAGAAUAAUUGCACUAAAAGUCAUGAGAUGGUCAUCAUGAAAGAUGGAGAGGGGAGAGAAGUACCAGAUGACUUCUCACAGAGUGACUUUCAGAAAGACCACAGUGACUGCCAGUCCAGCAGUAAUACUCUGUCAAAGUCCAAUGCAGUGUCUAUGGAAAGGAUGGAGGAAGAACUAAAGUCGAACAGUGAGGAACAACCAUCCAAACAAGACCAGGUGGAGAUGUCUGACAGUCCCAGGCCUGAGAUGAGUUGCCAUCAGCACCAAGCCUCAUCCAAACCCCAAGAUUCAAAUGUCACCUUGGAGUCAAUGCCUGGCACUAAAGUGGCUGUCACUCAGCACUCAUCGAACAGUGGUUUGAACAACUGCAAGUCUCCACAGGCCUCCCAGGAGGCCUUGCAAGCCAUCCCUGUGAUCCUGGAACAGCUAGUGGCCCUCCAGCAGCAGCAGCUCCAGCAGAUCCAACUGACUGAGCAGAUCCGUAUCCAAGUGUCAAUGAUGGCUCCACAGAGCCUCCACUCGGCCCUAGGGGCAGCAGUCGACCCCCUCAAAGCCUUAGGAGUUCAUCUCUCCCAGCAGCUCUCUGCUGCAGCAGCCCUGAUCGGCAAGAGGACUGGCAACCAGAGCCUCUCGCUAGAGUCCCUCAAACAGGCUAAACUACCUCUGUCCAAUGGCAUUUCCACCUCACUGGCUCGAGGCAUGGGGCCGAUGCCCUUCAAAGCCGAUAUGUUGAAGGGGCUCCCAGACAUGGCCAACCACCUACCAGCGAUACUGCCUCAUUCACCAGGCUCCAUGGUCUACCAAAGUCCCCUCACUAGCCUCUCAUCAGGGAUGGAUCCCUCUAAGAAAGUAAAGAGCAAGAUCCCAAAUAUGCCUGAGUCUAAAAAUGGGUCUGGUGGUGACAGCAUGUACAAGCACAAGUGUAAGUACUGUGGGAAAACGUUUGGGAAUGACAGCGCACUCCAGAUCCAUUUGCGCUCGCACACUGGAGAAAGACCAUUUAAAUGUAACAUAUGUGGAAACCGUUUCACAACCAAAGGAAACCUCAAAGUGCAUUUCCAAAGACACAAGGAGAAGUACCCUUACAUCAGGAUGAACCCACAUCCUGUGCCGGAACACCUCGACAACAUUCCCACCAGCAGCGGCAUCCCCUACGGCAUGUCAAUGCCCAUUGAAGAAUCCAACAUGGUGGAUAUGAAGCCAAUGCUCGGCCUCCCAUCUCCAGGUUUCCACCCAUCAGCACUGCAGGGGUUCAAGCCUUCAUUUGAUUGUUUUAGGAGUGACCCGUUCUCCCAAAGAGCGUCAUCGGGAGGUGACUGCGUGUCAAUUUCCUCAAACAUGUUCAAUCACGAAAUGGGCUCUGAUCAGGACCACCAGGUAUCUAAAGAGCUAAUGGGAGCGCUGCAUCACAUGAAUGGCAAAGGCCUUCCUGGUGACCACAACAGCUCUGAAACUGCCAAACUACAGCAAAUGGUGGAUGGACUGGAAAAGAGGACCAAUGACCCAAACGAGUGCUACAUCUGCCACCGGGUGCUCAGUUGCCAGAGCUCCUUGAAGAUGCAUUACCGUACACAUACGGGCGAGCGGCCCUACAAGUGUAAGAUCUGUGGACGUGCCUUCUCCACCAAUGGCAACCUCAAAGCUCAUUACGGUGUUCAUCGGGCCAACACGCCCCUCAAGAUGCAGCACUCUUGCCCCAUCUGCCAGAAGAAGUUCACCAAUGCGGUGGUUCUUCAGCAGCACAUCCGCAUGCACAUGGGAGGCCAGAUCCCUAACACCCCCAUGCCAGAGACCCAGCUCGAGGCCUUGGAAGAAAUUGACUCCUCUCUGCCUGACGAGAAGUCCAUGGACACCAACGGCUUUGAGUGCAUGGUAGACCAAGAUGCAGAGCUUGACUCUCAAGAAAAGCCAAGCGACACCUCAGAUUCUCUCGCACCAUCUUUCUCUGAGGAACCACACCAACCUAAUCAGGACCCUCCAUCCUCUAUGUUCUCCAGCAUAGCUGGUCAGGAGAACCACAUGAAGAACCUCACCUUGGCUCUCAACUUGCAACGCCAAAGCGGCACUGCCUCGGAGUGUGAUGGAGUGCCCCCCAAAGAGUCCCCAUCAGCCGCCGAGUGCAUCCGGGAGCAUGAGUACCGGAAUGGCCGCAGCCCUGACAUCUCAGACUCUGUCUCUUUCCACUCCUCAUCACCAGUCAACGGACUGGCUGCUGCCUACAUGGCUAAGUCCCCCGAGUCAGCCAUCCCUGAGGAUUACACCCGGAAUGAGCCUAGAACGGACUCUGACAGCAGCUCUCAGGAUGCCAAUGGAGCUCUGGACCUAACGGCACCCAGCUUUACCCCAAAAAAUAUCAAAGAAGAGCCUGGCCUACCCUUCACUAAUAGAGAGUAUGCUCCCAGCCAUUUGCCUCCUUUUAUGCGGGUGCCUCCCAGUCUGGUCAAACUGGAGAGGCAGAUUCCCCCAGAGAGCUCCAUGGGCAUGGGCCCUCUAUUUGUCUCCCAGAUGCCUCAGGGAGUGGGAGGGCAGCCACGGGAUGGCUCCAGUGCUCACCGUAGAUCCAGCAAGCAGCAUCUGUGUAACUCCUGUGGCAAAAACUUCUCCUCUGCCAGCGCCCUGCAGAUCCAUGAAAGGACCCACACUGGCGAGAAGCCCUUUGGCUGCACCAUUUGUGGCAGGGCCUUCACCACUAAAGGCAACCUCAAGGUGCACGUUGGAACUCACAUGUGGAACAGCUCUGCGAGGCGCGGCCAGCGCCUCUCUCUGGACAACCCCAUGGCCCUGAUGGCGAUGAGCUCAGAGUCUGGCAACAUGAUGCCAGAGAUGAUGCCAUCUCCCAGGGAACUGGGUCCUCCUCCGCCGAUGAACUUCGACCAGUCUCUGUGGAACCAGUACACUGCUGCUUUCACCAAUGGCCUGUCCAUGAAGACUAACGAGAUCUCUGUGAUCCAAAAUGGCGGAAUGCCUGGUAGCCUAGCCGGUGGUCCUACGGUCUGCUCUACUGGAGGCCUGAUGGAAAUGGAUGGGUCCCACUCUGGCCUGCCUGCCACCAUGGCAGAGAUGGAAAGGAAUGGCUCCGAGUGUGUGGCUAGAUCUCAGUUCCAACAUUUCAUGGAGGAGGGGAAAAUUGCAGUGAACUAGUUGUGAAAUGGAAGAACAAAACAGUUUUAUCUGUUUUUGUUUUGCUGAUAGUUUCUUUGUCGAUUGUGUGUGG